CUUCACAGAGUGAGAAGCCCCAGCAGCUGUCGGGCUGAGGAAGCCAUCACAAGCUUGGGGACCUGGGGUGGGCACCCAUGGGAGAGGCUGUGGAGCUCUGUGCCCCCAGACCCUGCCCCUGUGAGCCCUCUCUGGGCACACACAGCAGCCUCCUGCUUUCUGUGAGUUCUUCUAGUGCAUGUUUGGAUUUGAGCCCCUUGUUUAUCUGUUCCUGCCUAGAGUCCCAAGUUCUGCUGGUAGUCCACAGUAGGUUAACAGAGACAGUCCUUGAACAGGAAACUCCAGUGCCAACUCUCUGCCAGGGACAGGGACACAGCACACACCUGCUGCUGCCUGGGCCUCGCUGCCAUGGAGUCUGGUCUGUGGGAGCUCACAGGGAGCCCUGAGUGGUGUCAGCCCAGGGCUGAGCCCCCUUCUGUGAGUCUGGCUCAGCUCCUGCCUGGCCAAAGCUGGAGUCUGCUCAUGGUGACCUGUGCCCAGGCCCUGGGACGCCCUGUUCUCUCCCCACACAGCAGUCCUCCCCAGUCCCCGAAAAACGAUGAGAAAGAAUAACCAGGGUGCCUCUCACUUCCCCUGCCUGGCAGUGGCCCUGCUUCCGGGAAGAGCACCUUCAGUUUCACUUUCCUGUCCCUGCAGGGUCAGGGCCCUGAGCUCUGGGCUCCUCCCUUCCCUGCUGCUGCUCAGAUUCCUGCCUGAGGAGGGCAGAGCCUGGGGAGGUUUCAGUCCUCAGCUCCUCAGUCAAGGUGCAGUUUUCCUGUGUGCUGAGCCUGGCCCUGACCUGCACUGCCCAGGGAGGACAGGUGUGGACAGCAGGGCUUCACCACACCCCGCACAUUCAGAUCUUCUAGGGGACAUACAGAAGAGCUCCACUCUGACACCACAAACCUGUUUUCUCCAAGGACCUGAAAAUCCAAGGUCUUCCCUGAAGAGUUGACUUCUGACCUCCCCGUGUCCUUCCUCCAGUACCUGGACUGCUCACAGCCAUGGGUCAGGCCUCCUCCUCCUCCACAAACCCCGAUACAGGCGAGAAUGGUGACUUAGCCUCCAGCUUUGAGGAGUAUUUCAAAAAUAUCACAAUGGAAACUAAAAUCCUGACCAACAAAGAUCAGGAUAUGAUUAAGUUGUAUCUGCAGCAGGGAGACGUCCAGAAGGCAGCUUCUGUAAUCAACGCUGUCCUGAAAGACAUCGAGAAUGCUCCACUGAGCAUCGCAGUGACCGGGGAGGGCGGGUCAGGAAAAUCCACUCUGAUCAAUGCCCUGCGUGGGGUGGCCCACGAGGAUGAAGGAGCAGCUGCCACUGGGCUAACCGAGACCACCACGGAAGGGACUGAGUACAGACACCCCAAGUUUCCCAAUGUCUCAAUAUGGGACCUGCCUGGUGUUGGGACCACGAAAUUCUCUCCUGAAAAAUAUCUAAAGAAAGUAAAUUUUGCUGACUAUGACCUUUUCCUGAUCGUCUCUUGCACCCGCUUCAAAAACAAUGAUGCACACUUGGCCAAAGCCAUUGCAAAAAUGAAGAAGAAAUUCUAUUUUGUUCGAACAAAAAUUGAUAUUGAUUUAAGCAAUGAGGAAAGAGCAAAACCACGAAACUUCAAUAAGGAGAAACUCCUGGAAAAGAUGCGAAAUGAUAUUGUGACCCAAUUGAAGGCUGCUGGAGUGUCUGCGGCUCAGAUCUUCUUAAUUUCCAGCCUUGAUGUGGGUGACUAUGACUUUCCUGAGAUGGAGAGGACCCUUCUGAGGGACCUGCCAGCUCACAAGCGUCAUGUCUUCAGGAUGAGCCUGCCCAGCCUUACGGAACCUGCCAUUAAUCAGAAGACAGAUUCCCUGAAGCAGAAGAUCUGGCUGGAGGCCCUGAAGGUCGGAGCAACAGCCACUGUCCCUCUCGUGGGCCUCUUCAGUGACAGUGAAAGAAAGAAGCUGGAGGACACCCUGGGCCUGUACAGGUCCCACUUUGGGCUGGAUGACGAAUCCCUAGAAAAGAUGCCCCAGGAUUUGCACGUGUCCGCGGAGGACCUCAAGGCAAACCUUCAGUAUCCCAGCUUGGUGUCAGCCGAGAGCAAUGAGUCCUUCUCAGAGAAGAUGAUGCAGAUUGUUCAGACGGUUCUUUCAGUCACCGGAGGACCCAUCGCCACCGGCCUGUACUUCACAAAGACCUUUUAUAUACAUAAUUAUUUCCUUGACACUGUGGCAAAUCAUGCGAAAGUUCUCCUUGAUAAAGAAGAUCUUUUUGGUGCCUCUGCUGACUCUGUGGAAGGCUACCAAGAAUAAGGAAACUGAGGCAGCCAGCGGCCUCCUCCGCCUUGCUGCUCAAGUGGGCCUGAGCCCUGGGAAGCCGGCUUAGGGCUCUCGGAAGCAGCCAGGCCGGCCUGCAAUACACACACAUGCGAUCUUUCUUUAGAAAAUUAAGUCUAGCAAACUGGCAUUUUAUGCUAAAAGAGCCAGACAUUCGCUGGGUUCUGGUUCCUUCACACUCAGGGCUCUUCUCUACGAUGAUUUAACUGUUAACACUUGCUGACACACAAUAAGACAAAAACAGGGCUUUGAAUAAAUGUGUACACAGCAUGUCUUUAUUAUUCCUGAUAUUCUGCUCCAAAUCUAUACAUUGAGAUCAUUAACAGGACAAUGGAUGCUGACUGCAUCUCCUUGCAAGUAAAGGAUGAAAACAACUUAGAAGUGCCAAGCAGCUGUCCUGAGGAAAGAGAGGUCCCGGAUAGAGAUGGGGACAAAGACGGCCUCGGCGCGAUGAAAACAAAUGCUUGGUCAACUCUGACGCUUGCUAAGGAACACACUCGGUAUUUUGAAGACUGGUAUGCCAGGGAGAGACGCAGCAGCCUACGUGUAUAUAUAUAUAUAAUAUAUAUAUAUAUAUUAUAUAUAUAUAUAUAAUGCCAGGGAAGAUGUGGUACAGUACAAAGACCUUGUAUCUAAUACUCUCUGCAGGAAAAACAAGAAAGAAAGAAAAAUAAUGAAGCUAGGCAAUGAACCUCUGACUGCUAAGCCACGUGCAGGUACUGUGUACUUCGCAGUGGCGAUCCAAACACAGCAGUAAGAAACUUUCUUGCUUAAACCCCAGAAAUCUACCAAAAAGGGCUCAGGAAGUACUGAGAGCACCAGCCCACGUUAAAUGAUACUUUGAGGACCGAAUAACCAAAAUCAGCACAGAACAGGAAACUGCAAAGCAGGUUUUCUUUAGUGAUUGUGAAGCGAACAAAAACACAGCAGGGGCAGCAGCAGACUCAAGGACAGAAGCGAGACGAGACAGAAGUGGACAUUGUGUGGCACCUGGCUCGCGGAUUAACCCUGAUGAGAACUGUGCAGGGCAAAACCGGGUGCUUUCCCAUGCUGAGGAAUAACUAUCAAUUUUUAUGAUGAUAAUUGCUUUGUUCUUAGACUUAUAAUAAUAUCCUUAUUUUCUGUCAAUAUAUUUAAGGUGCGCAGAAAUAGAAAUUCCAUUAAAAAUCAUGGUGGGAAAUUGCCACAGGUGAAAGGAAUCUGCAGGUGUUGAUAAUUACUAAGCUGUGGGAUACAGCUGUGAUUAUGCUCUCUGCCUGGCUUCAUGUGGCCUUUCCACUAAAGGCUACAUGUAAGACUUCCAACAACCCAGAGAGCAGAAUUUUGAACCCCCAAAAUAACACUCUUUAGAAAGCCAGUUUAGUGCGCCUCGUUGACAAGGCAGUGGGAUCUCCCUGUUGGAAGCUUUAGCCAAACCUGUCUUGGGGAUCCAGGAAAAGAGCCAGCAGAAUGAUUUAAAAAGUUCUAAGUUUGUUCACAAUAAAGCACCAGUAAACCUAGCUAGAGCAGAGGAGAAGGUUGCUGAGGUUGAAUAGGAAACCAUAAAAGAUGGUCUGAGGCCAGCACAGGAGAGAGCAGGAUUCCAGCCUUGACAGCCUUGAGGUUAUCAAGGUGGAAGCAGGUGCUCGGAGAGGAGCACCCCCGAGAACCAUGCCCAGAAUGCUGGCACCUGGACAGUUUUAUCCUAGAGACUGGGUGCCGAGCGCUCAGCAAUCCAAGCAUUCGACCCUGACACCCCAGAGAGAAAGAAGCCUGGCUGCUGCUCUAGCUGGGGACAGACAUUGGAUGACCCCAUAGUGGUGGUUUUAUGAAGAGGACCACCUGGAGGGCUCUCCUUGAAUAAAGAUUGAUUCCCUCCACCCUCGUGAACCUGCUCUCUCUCCAUGUACUGAUAGGUACAGAGCUGGCUAGGCCAUUUCCUUUCCCUUAGUUGGCUCUAAGCAAUGUAGACAUGGCUGGCUGAAGGACUGAUGUGGAAUCUUUGAAGCCAACCCAGUGUUUAUCUAAAUGGUUGAGCCCAGUGGGAUGCAGAGCCACUAUUCUAGGGCUGUUGGCUGGGUUCAAGCCUCUAGAUAAGAGGCUAUGUCUUCCCAGGGCACAACAUUUUACACAUCAGAACUGAGGUACUGCCCCCUGAACAUUAACUGCUACCCCAACUGUGUUAUGCAGACUGGUCUUUCUGUAUACCCUUCUCUCUGCCUACUGCAGAGGUACGUUCUGGCGUCCUGCCCAGCCCAGCUCACAAACUCAUUCAAUUCCCACCAUUCUCGGUCACUCAUCCUCGAGCCACUCCCUUCUUCACCAGUUAACAACAUCUAGGUCGGUCCCUGGGUCAAGGCCUUUGUUCCGUGAACCUCGAUCCGGACCAGACUCUGGACCCCUUGUCUGCCCGUAUGUGUAAAUAUGUCUGAGUGUGUUUAUUCUCGCCCUGGGUUGCACUGGAGGCAGUAGAUUGGAAUCAACUUAGCAGAAUUCCAAUACUGUUCCCAUGUCAGGCCGUGAUGAGGGUGAGAAAAGGGGCCUCCAGUUUUAGGUGCAUGUAGGAUGUAAGAAUUGUGGGAUCAGGAAGGCUUCCAUGCAGAUGUCUGAAGAGGGGCUGGGCGAGCAGGCACUGUGCCCCUGAGUGUGAGUGUGAGGACGAAAGUGCAGUGGAGACUCCAGAAGUCUGGGGAAGCCAGGAACACUGAUCAUCUGAGGAACACUGCAGCAGGGAACAGAGCCAAGCCCAGAGGAAAGCCCUGGAGGUGCAUCCACAGCAGUGCUGUUGGGGCCGCAUCACCCAACCCUUCACGUCUACAUCUUGCCAAAGGUUGCCUCUGAUACUGCACGUGGAAAAACAGGACUUACUAUUUUUCUGCUGGGUUUUGGCCUUGCUUUGUUCCCAUUCCUAGCUAUUGCACUGUUUGUAACUUUUGGAAUGAAAAUGUCUAUCUUGUGCCAUUAAAGUUAGACACGUUUAACCUUCUUUUCAUUUGUAAGGGGCUCAGAGCUAAGAGUUCACCUUAAACCUCAGGAGACUUGUGACUGGUUCUUUUCAGCAACUGUUAGGAUUUUUGGCAGCUCUUGGAUACGAAAUAAAUGCCUUUUGCAUGAA